CCGUGACGCGGUACGGCGGCCGGGCGGGGCGGCGGCGAUGGAGCGGCUGGAGCGGUGCGGCCGCUGGCUGCGGGCCGGGCUGGCCGCCGGGCAGGUGCGCCGCCGGCUGCCCUGGGUGCUGCUCGCCAUCGUCCUCCUCGGGUCCGCCCUCAAGGACGGUGACCUGGUCCCCGAGACGCCCAUGCGGAACAAGCGCAACCCGCUCAAUGUAUAUUUUGUGAAGGUGGCUUGGGCAUGGACACUCUGGCUUCUGCUGCCCUUCAUCACAGUCACCACCUACCAGUUUGCCAAGAACAAGUUCCUCUAUGGUCCCACGAAGAGCAUUUUGAUUGUGUUGCGGCGUCUCAGUGCACUGCUGGUGGGCAGUGCUGUCUGGUAUGUCUGCACUGGACUCUUCCUCUAUAUUGAGAAUCUCACUGGCAAGUGCUCUACCCCGGGUAUACUCAGCGAGCCUCGCCGCCUCUAUGCCACCAAGCAGGAAUGCCACCAGGACAACGGGAUAUGGAAUGGUUUUGAUAUCUCAGGGCACUGCUUUCUGCUCUCGUACUGUGCUCUGAUGAUUGUGGAGGAAGUGGCUGUGCUGGAAGGCUUGUCCAUAGACCAUAACUCUAAGCUGCGUGUUGUGAUCAACAUUCUGUUUGUUUCCUUGUGUUUCCUCACCAUGAUCUGGGUGUUCAUGUUUCUCUGUACUGCCGUGUAUUUCCAUGACUUCAGUCAAAAGCUUCUCGGUGUGCUGAUAGGUCUGUCAGCUUGGUACGGGACAUACAGAUUUUGGUACUUGAAACCCUUUUCUCCUGGACUACCUCUUCCAAAUAUACCUUUGAGUUCAAAGAAAUACAGUUAUAGCAGAUAAAAUAAGUUUUAAGAUGUUUGGAUUUUGCUUUCAGUGCUGGAGUAGUUGAAUGUAGGAACGGUUACUGUAUUUCCACUGUAAGGAACAAGGUGAUGGCUUGAAGGAAACCAAAUCUGUACUAGCCAGUGGCUGGCAGGUGGUAAUGAGCUUCUUCCUCAGGAGAAAAAAAAAAUGGUAUUGGAAGAGGUCUGCUCUUGUUUAGGAGCUGCUGACUGACAUUCUCAGCAAAGAAAUUGAAGUUGGUUCUGUUUCUGUUACUAAUAAAUGGAGAAGCAGAUCCAAGGCUGACAGAGGCCUUUGCUCUUCAAGAGCUUGACCGAUCACAGUUAAUUCUCCCUCUUCCUUUUUGAUUUAUGUCAAAACUUUUUACACUCCUAUGUGUAUUGCCUUACAGGAAAGCUCUAAUAAUGACAGUGCUGCUAAGUGCUGCGAAAAUACCAGUACUCAUUAAAGCAGUAUAUAGCUCUGUUGUGAAACCAGAACAUCUCAUGUUAUCAAGGGUUAAAUACGUUAGCGCCACAAAUGCUGCUUCUUAGCUGUCUGCACCUUCUGCAACAAAGAGAGUAACUUUGAGAUGUAAUGUCUUAAGCAGGCUGUGACUUUAAAUUCGUACCCGCCUUUGAAAAGAAAACUCUUGAAAAACAGGCCUUAACUUAGGUGAAGAAUAAUAUUUUAUUGUUUUAUUCUUGACAGAAAAAAUGAACUCCGUAAUGUUGCUAAAAAGUCUGAGAAUUGGAGUUUUAAUUAUUUUUUUUUUCAUCUUAUGACUUGCACACUUUGCAAUGAGUACUUUGUGGUAUGUUUCUUCUAGAAGAACAAAUUCUGUUGUUACAAGUUAGCUUAACCUGCUGUUUCUCAAAUAGUCUGCUUGGUAAUGAAUGAAAUGUUUAUCCUAAGAGCUGCAAAGCAGUAUGCUUGGAGCAAUGUUUAUUCUUGCUUAUCCAGCCAUGUCAAUAAGCUACUUAAUUUUGAUUGCACGUAAAGCUGUGGCCACUUUUGAUGUGGCUGGAAACCCACUACUGAAUAAAACACUACUGUUAUGUAAUGAAUAGGUAUGAUGUAGGAUGGGCUUACUUAUCAUAUCAAUCAGACAUUUAGCAUAGUCUUUUAUCUUGAAAAGUUUUUUAUUAUUUCAUAAAGGCUCAGUCGUAGCACAGUUGCACAGAAUUUGUUUGACAGUUGUAGUGAUGAGGAAGACGUCCAAAAAGGUCUCUGGGCAAGACUGUGGAUAAUGCCUGCUAAUCCGAGAGUGGGCUUGAUCUGGCUGUAGUAUUUGACUCCAAAGUGAUUAUUUUACUGAAUAUAGGUUAUGAUGCACUCACUGUAGUCUAAUCUUGGCACAUUUCUUUUUGCCAUAUCAACAACUGUCUUCCAGUAAGUGAGUGGUAGCGUUUGCAAUAACUACCGCAGUGUUAAUUCCACGCUUAUGGUCUGCCUUUGAGGAGAGCUGAAUUCACCUGAAUUUCCACUGAAUUCAGUGGCGGUUGUUGUGUACCCUUAUAAAGUACAAAUAGCCUCUCAGAAAGAAGCUGUUUCAGGAGGUUAUGUAUUUUCUGUCAAGCUCCUCCUUUUGUUUUUGUACUAAAUUGCCUUUUAAGCUGUCUGUUUGGAAAAUUUGCACUGAUUAACUCAUAUUGGGUUUAACUAAAUUUGUUUAAGCAAUGCAAAUUCAUUUGCAGACAUUCUUUUGAUGUAAUGUAAGUCUGCUCCCAAUAGAUUUAAGCUAGACCGCAAGCCACUUUCACCAUGAAACAGGAUUAUGUACCCAGAAGGUUUUCUGAUUAAUUUCAUUAAAUUUAAGUUUCUAUUUUAGGUUAUCUUUAUGUAACUUUGCUAUAUAGAUGAGGCCUCGGAACAGGAAAUGCUGUUUAUGUAAACCAACUGACUUGCUGAAAUUAUGUUCAGUUUCACAAAUGUUUUAUGCAGUCACUACAGGGAUAUUCUUGUCCCCUUCUAAGCAGUGUCAAUCAAACUUUUUAUUAUGGAUAUACUGUGGGAUACAGUAAAUAAUAUUUUUAUUUAAACAAUGAAAGAAAAACACUUGAAAACUUUGUCAGUGUUUAUGUCUGAGAAUCUGUUUCUGGUGUCUGUAAAGAUACUGCUGCUCUUCACUUCCCUGAAUGAUCCAGACUCUUGGUAUUUUUGUGACUACCGAGAUGCAUGGUCAAACUGACAUUGAUAAUUCUGCUGUAUUUCAGUGGGUUAAUAUAGCACAGGUUCUCAAAAGUACAGGGUAUAAAAAGAAGCAAAACAAAAAAAAUAAAGCCAUGCUUGAUGCAAGCAGGUUUCCUGAUGUGGGCCUGUUAACACCAGGCGGUUCAUUUUGUAGACCUGGACAGUUGCUUAUUGUAGCAAUAUGAAAGCCUAAUCCAGUGAAAUAUAUGGGAAAAUUCCCAUGGGCUGUAGUACUGCUUAUGAGUUUGGAAAUCUUGGCGUAUGUGUCUGUCUCAGUACCUGGAGACCAUGUGCCAACUGUUGGCUUAGAAAGUUCCCUUGUGCUCCAGACCUUUAUUUUGCACUUUUUUACUCAAUUUCAGGAUAAGCCUUUGCUUCCUUGCACUUUAACUGGAAAGUAAAGGUUGCAAAUUUUCUGUUCGUGUGUGUGCCAUCACCUUUAUCUGACUUCCUUCCCUCUCCCAAAUACACUUCUGUCAUUAAAAUAAAAAUAUAGUUUCUCUAUGACAUAUUUGCAGCCAAAGGGAAGCAUUGCUGUGAGUAGCUGGGUUUCAGGUCCUGUGCCAAAGGCACAAAUCAGCCAUCAACAAGUAUUACUGUUUCAAGAUUUUUAAAGUGUUACCUUUUAAAGGAAAAUUUUCAUAUUUUGUAGUGAAUUCAAAAAGACAGCAACUUGAAUCACAAGAAACACGGGUUUUCUUCUUUUUUUCUUUUUCUCUUUUCUGCAUUAAAGUAUUCCUCUUGUUCCUGCAGAACUGUCUUUGUGUCUGUAAAAUUAUCUAGGGAAUUGUCUCCAAUAUCUUACUAGCAUAUUACUUUUUUCAGCAUAUGUUUGCUAAUUUUUCAUUGCCUGUGUCUGUCUAGCCAAUUUGGUGGGCUCUGUUUCACGGUACUUUCACAGAUGCAGCAUUUGGCCUCACUGAUGUGGCUGAGGCAGUUCUUGGUCUCGGUGCUUUAAACAUUUUCUUCUGCUGGGGCCAGCAAGGAAGAGAGUCUCAGCUAAAACACAGUGGGAAGAUUAACUGGAUUAGGAUUCAUUUCACUCUUCACUUACCUAGUACUCUUUCAAAUGUUUGCGUCACUGGAGGCAAGAUCAGGCAAACGGGAAAGGUUAGAUCUUUUGCAAGAGCCAUCUGAACAGUUCAGACUAAGUAUAUCUGAAGCUGGGGUUUGAUUCUUCCUCAGAGUCUUUGUUCAAAACAGAUUUCUUCCAUGAAUGCUUCACUGGUGCUAAAUGGUGUUCUUGGUUUGCCAGUAUAUUUGUGUGUACUGAAACUUAGGUUGUGGAGCGGCUGCAAAAGGAGAAUCCUGUGUUCUGGUUUGAUGCAUGGCAAUUCGUGACAAAGUGAGAAACACCUAGUUAUGCCCUGUGGUGCACUUUAAUGGAAAAAACUGUAGGGGCUGCUGUGAUAUAUUAAAUGUUUUGGAAGAAUGCAGGUUUAGUUGUGAACACAAGUCUAUGGUCACUUUUCUUAGUGAAAUAAUACUUGGGUUUUCCCACUGCAGCUACUCCGCAAUCAGCCUUUUCCAGCCCUUUGCCUUUGAUCAGCCUGUGUUUAUCUCUGUUCGCUCAGAAACCUGUUUCUUGGGAUUAUUUCUUUUCAUAGCUUCGUCUCGCCUCCGGGAGUGCAGAUUAGUAAUAAAUGCUCUUCACCUCUGCUA